AUGGAAGUACAGCUACUUAGCGGCGAGGCCCUACGCCGUCAAAUGCACAACCGGAUUCAGGAGCUACGAGGUAACAUUCGUGUGUUUGUACGAACUCGACCAUUUUUGCCGAACGACGGUGCAUCUACAGCAUCGGCCAUUGACGUGCUGCCCGACGGAGAAGCUCUCUCCAUUUUGGACACGCGCAGUCCAACUCCGUAUGAAUUUAAAUUCGACAAGGUCUUUCCGCCCUCUUCUGGUCAAGACACAGUUUUUCAGGAAGUUGCCGAUUUCGUUCAAAGCGCACUUGAUGGAUAUCAUGUCUGCCUAUUUUCGUACGGUCAAACUGGUUCUGGGAAAACACAUACCAUGCAAGGGAGUGGCAACGGAGCAAUGCGUGGAAUCAUUCCCAGAGCUGUAGAACAAAUUCUUCAGCAAGCGCAAGUCAUGCAGAGUCAAAAGUGGAACUUCACUGUCAGUGCCAGCUUCCUUGAGAUUUACAACGAAGAUCUGAAAGACCUGCUCGUUUCCAUGAAAGGAGGCAAGGAGACUUCCACAAAUCCUCCGAAGCUUUCUAUCAAGCGUUCUCGUGAAGGAAAGAGUUUUGUCGAUGGACUCUCUGAAGUAAUGAUUGACACUAGAGAGCCAGCUACAGGUAUGCAUCAGUUGGAAGCUUUGAUGGGUGUGGCAGCGCGUUCUCGUUCGGUGGCUAGUACCAAGAUGAAUUCUCAAAGCUCUCGCAGUCAUUCAGUUUUUAUGCUGAAUCUUCACGGAUACAACGAAGAGACUGGAGCGGAGGUCAGCGGCGCUCUCAAUCUUUGCGAUCUGGCUGGAAGUGAACGUUUAGACCGAAGUGGAGCCAGUUCGGAUGCGAAGCGUUUGCGAGAAACUCAAGCUAUCAACAAGAGUCUGAGUUGUCUGGGUGAUGUUUUCAACGCAUUGGCUACUGGGGCAAGUCAUGUACCUUACCGAAACUCGAAACUUACCUACCUACUCCAGGAUUGCUUAAGCGGGGACGGAAAAGCGCUCAUGUUUGUGAAUCUGAGUCCAACUACGGCAAGUAGUAACGAAAGCCUUUGUUCACUUCGAUUUGCACAACGCGUGAAUCAGGUUGAACUUGGAAAGCCGACUAAACACAUUCAGUAUAAUCGCUGA